CUGAUCUCAGACACUUCGAUUACUUGACUUUAUUGUAACAAACAGAUAGCAAUCUGCCCCUCUGAAGAAUACCUCGGACAUAUCAACUUCUUACUUGAUGCUUGUCGGCCUUUUAUCUUCGGUUUACUCCAGAUGCGCCCAAACAGUCGGGACGAAUUUGCGAUUGCAAUUAUCUGUGCGCUGACUCUUGAGGCGGAGGCUGUCGAAGAGCUCUUUGAUAAAACCUAUGAUAGGUUAGGCGAGUUCUACAAGAAACAACCCGGAGAUGACAAUGCAUAUGUUAAUGGAAGGAUUGGGGCGCAUAAUGUGGUUUUAUGUUACAUGCCAGGUAUGGGGAAAGGAAACGCUGCCAGUGUGGCAUCAAGCUUGAAAAUCAGCUACAAAAGGAUCGAAGUGGCACUGAUUAUUGGUAUAUGCGGAGGUGCUCCAUAUCUGUCAAACCAGGAAGAGAUAUUUUUAGGCGACGUCAUAAUAGGUGAUGCGGUGGUCGAAUAUGAUUUUGGCAGGCAGCACCCUGGUGGAUUUGACCGCAAGACAGGAGUAAAGGACACACUCGGAAGGCCAAAUCAAGAAAUCCGAUCAUUGUUAGCAGGCCUCCAGGCAAAGCGAUCUCGCAGAGAACUUCAAGCUAAGAUGCUACAUCAUCUGCAAGAAAUCCAGGGGUCACAACUUGAUUGGGGUCGUCCGAACUCUGUUGAUGAUAUCCUCUUUGAAGCAUCAUAUCAACACAAGCAUUACGGUUCAAUUUCGCAUCCUAGGUGUCUCUGCCUUGAUGACACGUCAGAUAAUGCCUGCGAAGCAGCCCUAGAAACAAUUUGUACCCGGUUAGGCUGUGAUGAGGACCGAAUUUGCCGACGUCGACACCGUACAGAACACUACAAUCCAAGGGUCCAUAUUGGGAAAUUUGCAUCUGCUGAUACAGUAAUGAGGUCUGGAAUACACCGUGACAAUAUUAUCGGAAGAGAGGAGGUUAUUGGCUUUGAAAUGGAAGGGGCAGGAGUCUGGGAUAAUAUUCCAUGCAUUAUUAUUAAAGGGGUGUGUGACUAUGCAGACAGUCACAAGAAUAAAGCAUGGCAAGCCUAUGCAGCAGCAACUGGAGCAGCAACUGCUAAAGCUUUUUUGGAGUAUUGGAAACCCGCUGUUGGAGAAGGUUAUACUAGUGAAGACCAACGUUGCCUGCAAGAUGUCUUCCUGAGCCAUCCAGAUGAUGACCGAAGACGCAUUGAGGCGAUUAAGGGUGGAUUACUUGACGACUCAUUUCGAUGGAUCUUGGAUAAUGCCGAAUAUCAACGUUGGUGGAACAACCCAGGGAGCCAACUUCUUUGGAUCAAGGGAGAUUCUGGGAAGGGUAAAACUAUGCUUGUAAUUGGGAUAAUCAAGCAACUUUUGAAGCCAGAAUCAUCCAAGUUUCCCGCCUAUUUCUUUUGCCAGGGAACUGAUCCCAAAUUAAACAAUGCGACCGCCGUCCUGCGGGGCUUGAUUUAUAUGUUGAUCAUCCAACAGCCGCACCUAAUCUCACACCUGCGACAAAGAUACAGCACGGAAGGUAAAAGACUGUUUGAAGGUGGAAAUGCUUUCUACAGUUUGUCCGCGGUUUUCGAAAAUAUUAUUGGAGAUCUACAGCAACCUACAGUACACCUGCUGAUUGAUGCUCUUGAUGAAUGUAAAGAGGACUUAGAAAACUUACUUAGACUUAUUGCGAAGACAAUGUCUAUGACAUCUGUCCAAGUCAAAUGGAUUGUCACCAGUCGCAAUAUGAAUCAUAUCGAGGAGAUCCUGGAUCACGAUCAUGAAGCCAACACGCUCAGCCUUGAGCUCAACGCGGACCGUAUUUCUCGUGCAAUUGAGACAUACAUCUAUUACAAAGUAUCGCACCUGAAAAUACUCCAACACGAUCAAGAACUCCAGGAACGGGUCAAAUAUCAACUUUGCCGAAAAUCUGAUGGGACAUUCUUAUGGGUGGCCCUGGUGAUUGAAGAACUUCGCAAAUGCCAUCUUGAAGAAGAAGUCCUUGAUGCUCUUGAAGAUAUUCCAACAGACCUCUCCAAGCUCUAUGAUCAAAUGAUAGGGCACAUAGAUCAACUCAAGGGUCGGCGCCGUGAUAUAUGUGUUAUGGUCCUGUCGAUGGUUGUACUUGCCUACCGCCCGCUGCAUUUAUCUGAGAUAUGCCACCUGACUGGGAUUGACAAAAGGCAAGAGGUAGAUAGGGCAAUCAUCCUGUGUGGAUCAUUUCUUUCAAUCCGCGAUGAAUAUGUCUAUCUCAUCCACCAAUCGGCCAAGGACCAUCUGGACAACAUUCAUGCGACUACUGCCAUCUUUUGGGAACGCUCAACGAUUCACCACAAAAUGUUUAGUCGAUCUGUAGAGACCCUCUCAACCAGGCUGCGACAAAAUAUUUACAAUCUUGAAAAUCCAGGUGUUUUAGCCUCUGAGGUAGCAACCUUUCAACCACAUCCUGACCCUCUGUUGGGCCUGCGAUAUAGUUGCACGUACUGGUUGGACCAUUUCCUUGAAGUUGAUCCGGAAGUAAUUGAUAAUAGUGAAGCAGUAGAGAAUAGAGGAGUAAUGGGGUUUUUUAAAAAACAUCUUCUUCACUGGUUAGAGAGCCUUAGCCUUAUUGGUGAGGUCCCACACGGAAUUCUAUCGUUCAGGAGGCUUGCAUACCGACAGCAGGCUCAAGAUAUUCCCCACUCUCUGUCGAUCUUGAACUACAAUCAAAGAUAUACUUUGAGUGUAUUUCUGUGUAACGACCAGGCUGCUGUUAAAAUACGGCGCAAUUCUGUCUUACUGGAAUCCGAGAAAUUUGUAAAUAGCUAUGGGUCAAUCAUAGAGAAGGCUCCGCUGCAAACAUAUAGCGCUGCACUUGUCUUCUGUCCCCAGAAGAGCGAAAUCAAGAGACUUCAUUGGGAUGAAAGACUAAAAUUUAUCAAGAAUGUAUUUGGAACCCAAGAGUGCUGGGAUUCAUGUGUGCAGACACUGCGUGGCCACACUGGUUCGGUCAAUGCGGUGGUAUUCUCAUCAAAUGGCCAGAUGUUGGCGUCUGCUUGUGAGGAUCACACCAUCCGGCUCUGGGACGCAGCGACAGGCACCCUGAAGCGUAUUCUACUUGGCCAUAAUGGGUCAGCUCGUGCAUUAGUCUUCUCUCCAAACAAUCAGGCCCUGGCAUCUUCUUCAGAUGACCAUACCGUCCGGCUCUGGGAUGUCGCCACAGGCGUCAUUAUGCAGACACUGAGGGGUAGCAAUUGGAAGGUCCAUGCAAUAGCCUUCUCACCAGACAAUCGGAUGCUGGCAUCUGCUUCUAUGUAUCACACUGUCCGUCUUUGGGAUAUAGCCACGGGUGCUGUCAAACAGAACUUAAAAGGCCAUACAAAUUGGAUCCACGUAAUAGCCUUUUCGCCGGACGGCCAGGUGCUGGCAUCUGCUUCUGAUGAUAAUACUAUCCGACUGUGGGACCCGGCUACAGGUACUGAAAAGCAGAAAGCGGGAGGCUGGAAUGUCCGCGCAAUAACCUUCUCGCCAAAUGGUCGUAUUCUGACAUUUGCUUUAGCUGAUGCUAGUAUUCAUCUAUGGGACACAACUACAGGUGUUAUCAAACAGGUAAUGGCGAGGCAGGACUUCAAGGUUGAUACAGUAACUUUCUCACCAAACGGCCGGGUGUUGGCAUUAGCUUCAUUGCAUAGGAUCCAACUCUGGGACAUAGCUACUGGUUCCAUAAAACAGCGAAUGGGCGAAAUAUCCUCCAAAGUACACGCAGUGGCCUUUUCACCAAAUAGCCGGAUGUUUGCAUCUGCUUCAGACGAUCAUAAUAUCCGCCUUUGGGAUACAACGGCAGUCGUGACAGAGCAGACACUAAGGAGUCAUAAUACGUCAGUAAAUACAAUUGUUAUCUCGCCACAUGGCCAGAUACUGGCAUCUAGCUCAAAUGAUGGCAAUAUCUGCCUCUGGGAUAUUGCCACAGGCACUGUAAAGCAAAUCCUGCAGGGCGAUUACUCAGUUAGUUUAAUGGCCUUCUCACCGAAUGGCAAUGCAUUAGCGUUUGUUUCAGAUGAUUACACUGUCCAGUUCUGGAAUCUUCCUGCUGCCAUCACAAAUCAGGAUUCGCCGGGCCACAUUAUAUCAGCUAAUUUAUUAGCUUCUUCCCCAGAUAGACAGAUUUUAUUGUCUGAUUCAGAUUAUGACGAUACCCAUCUUUGGAAUUGGAACGCAGCGAGAUGCCGUCAAGAACAAUGUUCGAAUGGUCAUACCAGCAGUGUUACUGCAUUAACAUUUUCACCAGAUAGCCAGAUACUGGCAUCUGCUUCUAAUGAUCACACUAUCCGGCUAUGGGACACAAGAACAGGCAAAAUGAAGAAGACACUAAAUGGCCAUUCUGAUUCAAUUAAUGCGGUAGUUAUCUCACCGAAUGGUCGGAUCCUGGCGUCUGCAUCCAAAGAUUACUCUGUCCGGAUUUGGGAUAUUGCCACAGGCAAGACGGAGCAGAUACUGAAUGGCCAUUCUGGCUCUGUUAAUGCAGUGGUUAUCUCACCAAAUGGUCAGAUCCUGGCGUCUGCUUCCAAUGAUAACUCUGUCCGGGUCUGGGACCUUGCCACAAGUUCUGUGAAGCAGAUCCUUCUAGGCCACACCAAUUCAGCUAAUGCAGUCGCGUUCUCACUAAACGGCCAGGUACUGGCGUCUGCUUCAGACGAUAACACCCUCCGAGUAUGGGACACGGUUAUGGGCAAGGAGACACACAUUUGUAGUAUUGGCAUUCCUAUUAAGACCUUGUCUUUCUCAUCUGACUCUUGUCUGAAUACCGAACGUGGCUCGUUAACUCUGCGACCAAGCUGCUCCGAGGAUUUUGAGGUAUCCUGGUCAGCAAGUGGAAUAUACAUUUCAGAUAAAUGGGUUACACGAGAUGGGCAAAAUUUAGUAUUGCUCCCAGCAAACUACCGAGCGACAUGCGCAGCUGUGUGUGGAAACUUUGUAGUUCUCAGCCACGAAUCAGGCUACCUUUCAUUUCUUGAGAUGGCCUCAGCUUAACUAUAUACGUAGC